CUUUACAUUUAUAAAAAAUAUAGCGUUGACGUUUUCUUUUCUUUUACAUACUUUUAACAAUAAAAAAUCCUCCUGAAUGGACGCGAUCAUCAUCUUCAUCAUCACCAUGCUCGCCCGUUGACCACAAUCCCCGACGUGAUUUCCGAUCGCUGCGUUUGUUCUUCAUUCUCAUCUGGCAUAAUGUUUCCAGCUCUUUCAUCUUAGAUCCGUCAAUUUCUCAGCAGGGGCAGGGACAUUGGAGAAUAUUAUAUAGAUUUUCCGCAUUAGGGAUCCGCCAUGGGAGGAAACGAGGCGGUGAAGCUCGACGACGAGCAGAUAGCGGAAUUGCGGGAGAUUUUCCGGUCAUUUGAUCGCAACAAUGACGGAAGCUUGACUCAGCUGGAGCUCGGAUCGUUGAUCCGGUCGCUCGGCCUCAAUCCGAGCACGGAUCAGAUGGAUUCGCUGAUCCAGAAGGCCGAUAGGAACAGCAACGGCUUGAUCGAGUUCUCGGAGUUCGUCGCACUGGUGGAGCCGGAGCUCAUUCCGGCCAAGUGCCCGUACACGGAGGAGCAGCUGCUGAAGAUAUUCCAGAUGUUCGACAGAGACGGCAACGGAUACAUAACGGCGGCUGAGUUGGCGCAUUCCAUGGCCAAGCUGGGCCAUGCCUUGACGGCGGAGGAGCUCACGGGGAUGAUCAAGGAAGCGGAUACUGACGGCGAUGGUUGCAUAAACUUUCCUGAGUUCGCUCAGGCCAUAACUUCUGCUGCAUUUGAUACUUCCUGGAGUUGAUCUGGAAUAUUUUCAUUCCCUCCAUUACCCCAUAGCCUCCAUCUUUUAAAUUCCCUUUUUAAAACCAUUUUGCCAUGAAUUUAGUUUUGAUUAUAGUUCCAUAAGGCAGUUGUUUAAUGGAAAAUCACCUUAUUAUUAUGGGUAGUACCAUAGUCCAUAACCCCUACAUUGUGUUGGCACUUGGCACUUCUGCUUUUCACACUCACUUUUUCUUUUAUCCCAAACUCAUCUAUAAAUGGUUGCAAGUAUUCUAAGAUUAUCAAUAUUGUUUGGCUUGGUGAUUGUGUGAUUAACAUUCAAAAAGUGUGGAUUUAGUUGCUACUAUGAUUAUAGUUUUCAUGAGAGUUUUU